AUGACAGACCCAAAACCCUACCCAAUAAUCGACUCCCACAUCCACCUCUACCCCUCCUCAGAAAUCUCCCAGCUGGCCUGGAACACCGACACCACCUCCCCACUUCACACCCAGCACUCCAUUGACGAAUACAAAACUGCGACUGAUACGCCCUCAAACUUCGAAGGCUUCAUCUUCCUCGAAACAGACCGGAUCAAUGACCUCUCGAAAGGUGCGGAGGGCUGGGAAUACCCGAUCCGCGAAAUCGAAUUCCUACGUCGUAUAAUUGAGGACGAACCUCGCGAGGGCGAGGGACAUGGAAAGGGCGAUGGCAAGAAAUGUUUGGGGAUUGUGCCAUGGGCGCCGUUGCCGGCGGGAGAGGACGGGAUGAGGGAGUAUACGGAGUUGUUGAAGAAGAGGGUGGGUGAGAAGACUUGGGAUAGGGUGAGAGGGUAUAGAUAUCUUGUGCAGGACAAACCGAAAGGGACGAUGUUGAGUGAUGGGUUUAUUGAAGGUUUGAAGUGGAUGGGAAAGGAGGGUUUGGUUUUUGAUUUGGGUGUUGAUCAGCAUUCGGGUGGGAAGUGGCAGCUUGAGGAGGCGGUGGAGAUGAUUGGGAGGGCGUAUGAGGGGGUAGAGGACGAGAAUAGGGUUAGGAUUGUGAUCAAUCAUCUAUGCAAACCCAACCUCGAAAUCUACAACCCAACCGACCCAUCUUUCCUCACCUGGCGUAAUGCCAUAACCCAACUCGCCAAGUUUCCACAUACAUACAUGAAACUCUCUGGUUGUUUCUCAGAAAUGCCUCCCGCCCUCAAAAACGCAUCUGUAAUCGAUAUCUGCAUCGCACUUCAACCUUAUCUUGCGGUCAUACUAGGGGUAUUCGGACCUAGUCGAGUUAUGUUCGGGAGUGACUGGCCAGUUUGUACGGUUGGUGUUGAGAGUGAAGAAGGGGCCUGGGUCAAAUGGAAGCAGGUUGUACAGAAGUUUUGUUGGUUGACUAGUCUAGGGGAUGAGGAGCAGAUCUGGAUCUGGAGUGGCACUGCUAUCAAAGCUUAUGGGAUCAAGGAUUUGGUUUGA